CCGAGACUCACAGCAGCCGUGGCCGAGCUGCGGAGGAUAACACGGGAUUGGGAACUAACGCUACUUUUUCCGGCUAAAUUAAAGAGAAAACCCCCAUCGACUUUGGAGCCGUUAUUUUUCUCUGAACUUAACAAAGGAUGUAUUUCUACUGAAAGAACCAACUUGAAACGCUGGAAACUUUUCCACCGAAAUGGAAGGGAAUAUUCCAUGGAUUAUUCUGUCAUUUUUAUUUUUCAUGCAUAUUUGUGAUGGGUUCCGUUGCAUGGAUAAAUACAGACCUUGUGAAAACGGAGGGACAUGCAUAGAUUCACCUUCUCGAUGCAUAUGUCGUCCAGGCUUCAUUGGUCCCCUCUGUCAGCACCUGGAUCCCUGCCAUCGAUCACCAUGUCUGAAUGGAGCCGCUUGCAAGAGCCAGGUGGUUAAUGGUCUCCCGAAAUACUCCUGUGUGUGCCAGAGAGGGUUCAGAGGCCAAGACUGUGGGAACAUUGAUGCCUGUGCCACUAGCCCCUGUGCCAACGGGGCCCGUUGUGCCAACUGGAAUAACCACUACAACUGUUCCUGCCCACCUGGCUUCCAGGGAAAGAACUGCCGCAAUGACAUUGAUGAGUGUCGCAAGCCUGGCGUGUGCCUCAACGGGGGUCUCUGCAUUAAUACCCAAGGGUCCUUCCGCUGUCAGUGCCAACCUGGAUACAGCGGGCGCACGUGUGAGGUGUCCACCCUGCCCUGUGCCCCAUCUCAAUGCCUUAAUGGGGGCACCUGUCGACAGACCAGUGACCAUUCUUAUGAGUGUGCUUGCCUACCAGGGUUUGAAGGACACAACUGUGAGAAUAAUGUGGAUGACUGUCCAGAACACAAGUGUAUGAAUGGAGGGAUAUGUGUGGAUGGAGUCAAUACCUACAAUUGCCAGUGCCCACCAGAAUGGACAGGGCAAUACUGUGCUGAGGAUGUCAACGAAUGUCUCAUGCAACCAAACGCCUGUCAUAACGGGGGCACAUGCUUCAACAACAUCGGUGGCCAUACAUGUGUCUGUGUUAAUGGUUGGACUGGAGAUGACUGCAGCGAGAACAUUGAUGACUGCGCCAUAGCCGUUUGCUUUAACGGUGCCACCUGCCAUGACCGCGUAGCUUCCUUCUUCUGCGAAUGCCCAGUUGGAAAGACUGGUUUACUGUGUCAUCUUGAAGAUGCCUGCGUGAGUAACCCCUGCAAUGAGGGAGCAGUGUGUGACACAAACCCGCUUAACGGCCGUGCCAUUUGCACCUGUCCUGCUGGCUUUGUAGGUGGUGCCUGCAACCAGGACAUGGAUGAGUGUUCGAUUGGUGCCAACCCGUGUGAGCAUUUUGGUAAAUGUGUGAACACAGAGGGCUCCUUCCAGUGUCAGUGUGGUCGGGGAUAUGCUGGUCCCCGUUGUGAGAUUGACAUCAACGAAUGCCUGUCCAUGCCCUGUCAGAAUGACGCCACUUGCCUGGACCGGAUCGGAGAGUUCACCUGUAUCUGUAUGCCAGGCUACAUGGGGACUUACUGCGAGAUUGACGUGGAUGACUGUGAGAGCAACCCAUGUGUGAAUGAUGGCAUAUGUCGGGACAUGGUCAACGGCUUCACCUGCACCUGCCAGCCAGGGUUUACUGGCACCAUGUGUCAGAUCGACAUAGAUGAGUGCGCCAGCACACCCUGCCAGAAUGGAGCAAAAUGCUACGACCGACCCAAUGGAUUUGAGUGCCGCUGUGCUGAAGGUUAUGAAGGAACACUCUGUGAGAGUAAUAUCAAUAACUGCCAGCCUGACCCAUGCCACCAUGGUACAUGCGUAGAUGGCAUUGCCAGCUACACCUGUAACUGCGAUGCUGGCUAUACAGGCUAUCGCUGUGAGAACCAGCUCAAUGAGUGCCACAGCAACCCUUGUCAGAAUGGAGGCAAGUGUGUUGACCUGGUCAACAAGUACAUCUGCCAGUGCCAACAUGGAACCUCAGGCACAAACUGCGAGAUAAACUUUGAUGAUUGCGCCAGUAACCCAUGUGACUAUGGCAUCUGCAAAGAUGGCAUCAACCACUAUGACUGUGUUUGCAAACCUGGCUUCACUGGUCCCAAGUGUAAUGUGGAGAUAGAUGAGUGUGCAUCUAGCCCCUGUAGGAAUGGGGGGACAUGUGUGGAUGAGGAGAAUGGAUUUCACUGCCAGUGUCCUGCGGGCUUUAAGCCCCCUUACUGUUACUCCCAGGUGGACGAGUGUGGCAGCAGCCCAUGUGUCCAUGGCUCUUGCAGAGAUGACAUCAAUGGUUACCGCUGUGACUGUGAGCCGGGAUGGGUGGGAAAGAACUGUGACCUGGACAGGAACGACUGUUUGCCAAGUCCAUGCCAGAAUGCUGGCACAUGCAUCGACCAGCUGAAUGGCUUCACCUGCAAGUGUCGUCAAGGCUUCAGAGGUAACCUAUGCCAGGUGAACAUCAAUGAAUGUUCUUCCAGUCCCUGUCUGAACAAGGGCACUUGUGUGGAUGGUGUGGCAAGUUUCACCUGUCUGUGUGAGCUUCCUUACAGUGGACCCACUUGUGCUGAGGUCCUCACCCCUUGUUCUCCUAACCCCUGUGCCAAUCAUGCUGUGUGCACCCACACACCAGACUACAUGGGGUAUCAAUGCAACUGCCAGUUGGGGUGGCAAGGCCAGUUGUGUAAUUUAGAUGUGAACGAAUGCAUCUCAAACCCCUGCAAGAACCGUGGGACUUGCACUAACACAGUUGGAGGCUUUGUGUGCUCCUGCAGAGCUGGAUAUACAGGGCUAACCUGUGAAACGGACAUCAAUGACUGUGCUCCUAAUCCAUGCCUAAAUGGAGGUUCCUGCACAGAUGGUAUGAACUCCUUCCACUGCAGCUGUCUGCCAGGCUUCACUGGGCCCCGUUGUGCUUCGGAAAUCAAUGAAUGCCAUAGUUCCCCCUGUAAAAAUGGAGGCGCAUGUACGGACUAUGUUAACUCCUACACCUGCACCUGCAGGCCUGGCUUUACUGGCAUUCACUGCGAAACCAACAUCCCUGACUGUACUGAAAGCUCUUGCUUCAAUGGAGGGACAUGCACAGAUAAAAUCAAUGGCUAUUCCUGUACCUGCCGCUCAGGUUUCACCGGCUCUCAUUGUCAAUAUGAGGUCAAUGAGUGUGACUCCCAACCGUGCCUAAACGGAGGCAUCUGUCAAGAUGCUCUAGAGUCCUUCCGUUGCUCCUGCCCUAAGGGCUAUACUGGCAACCGCUGCCAGACACCAGUCGACUGGUGCAGACGCUCAUCUCCCUGCCAAAAUGGAGGACGCUGUCGCCAAAAGGAUGCUUCGUUCAUCUGUGAAUGUGCUAAUGGCUGGUCUGGACGCUACUGUGACAUCUCUAGAGUAUCCUGUGAGACAGCUGCUCGCCAAAGAGGGCUCCAGACAGAUGAGCUAUGCCACCAUGGUGGUCACUGUGUCAACACUGGGAAUGCCCACUAUUGUAAAUGUCCUGCUGAUUACACUGGAAGCUAUUGCGAAAGCCAAGUGGACCACUGUGAAGACAAACCCUGCCGCAAUGGCGCCACCUGCAGAGGAUAUGUUGGAGGGUACCAGUGUGAUUGUAUGCCAGGAUAUACUGGGCAGAACUGCGAGAUAGAGAUCAAUGAGUGCCAGUCUCAUCCUUGCCAGAACGGAGGCACUUGCAUUGAUCUGGUGGGACAUUACAUCUGCUCCUGCCCCCCCGGCACACUGGGGGUUCUCUGUGAGAUCAAUGAAGAUGACUGUGCUCCACCUCUGAGGCUGCGCAGUGCUCCUCCUAAGUGCCAGAACAAUGGCACCUGUGUGGAUCGAGUGGGCGGAUACCGCUGCAAUUGUCCUCCAGGAUUCACCGGAGAAAGAUGUGAGGGAGACAUAAACGAGUGUCUCUCUAACCCCUGCGCUCCUUCCAACAGUCUUGACUGCAUCCAGCUGCCCAAUGACUACCAGUGUAUAUGCAAGCCGGGCUUCACAGGUCGGAGGUGUCAAAGCAGGUUCAGUGCAUGCGAGUCUCAUCCUUGUCAGAAUGGAGGAGCCUGUUCUUUAUCAAGCAGCUCUACACUGGGAUACACCUGCACGUGUCAGCUUGGUUAUACUGGGCCCAACUGUGAAAGAAGCAUGUCCUGUCGGGAGCUGUCCUGCUACAAUGGAGGUAGCUGUGCACUUACCACAAGGGGGGCACGUUGCUCCUGCCCUCCAGGUUACGGCGGGACCCAGUGUCAGCAUCGAAGUAAGGACGGAUGCUCCUCCCAGCCCUGUCGGAAUGGAGGGUUGUGCACUGAAGAGACCAGCUUCCCCUUUUUUCACUGCCAGUGUCCUGGCGGCUGGACAGGUAAACGGUGCGAGCAGACUAGCAGAGCUCCUGAACUCCCAGCAGUCUUGUGCCCUCGUGCAGACUGUCAAGGCAAAGCCAAUGAUGGUGUUUGUGACAAGGAGUGCAACACAUUCCCUUGUCACUGGGAUGGCGGCGACUGUUCACUGGCAGCACAGCCCUGGGAUAGUUGUACAGACCCUCGCUGCUGGCUUGUCUUCAAUAACAGCCAGUGUGAUGAAUCCUGCAAAAACGCAGACUGUCUGUAUGACAACUUUGACUGCAAAACAAAGGAGAAAGCCUGCAAUCCAAUAUAUGAAACCUACUGCAUCGACCACUAUGCUGAUGGACAGUGUGACCAGGGCUGCAACUCAGAGGAAUGUGGCUGGGAUGGCCUGGAUUGUGCAGCGAAUGUUCCAGAAGACCUCGCUGAUGAUGUCUUAGUUUUGGUUGUCCUGCUGCCUCCAGAAGAGCUCCUCCGCACCAGCAGAGCUUUUCUGCAGAAAUUAAGCGCUAUCCUACACACUACGCUGCGUUUCCAACUCGACCACAAUGGAGAAGCGAUGAUCCGCCCCUAUACCCGCCAAGACGCGCGGCUCAAGAGGGAGUUACAGCCUCAUCAUGAGGUCAUCGGUUCCAAAGUGUACUUGGAAAUGGACAACCGUCUAUGCGCUCCGGAUUCUGGGGAAUGUUUCACUACAGCCGAAAGUGCUGCAAAGUACCUGGGAGCCCUCUCCGCUGUAGAAAUGCUCCGCUUCCCUUAUCCCCUCAAAGAAGCCCGUGGUGAAACACCAUUUCAUCGUGAAACCGUACCUCAAUGGGCCAAGCUGAUGCUGGUGGGAAUAGCUUCUCUUUUCCUUUUAGUCAUCCUUGUGAUAGGUAUGUUGAUUGCUCGUAGAAAGAGGGAACACAGCACCCUUUGGUUCCCCGAGGGCUUCUUCCUCAAAAAGGAACCAAGCAGCAACAAGAACCGCAGGGAACCUGUUGGCCAGGAUGCUCUAGGAAUGAAACAUAUGCCAAAAACCGUGGAGGAAUCUCUCCUUGGAGAUCACAGUGACCAGUGGAUGGACUCAGACUGCCCAGAGCCAAAAAGGCUCAAGGUUGAGGAGCCAAGCAUGCUCUCAGACAGUGAAGAUGCAGUGGACAGCAGACAGUGGACACAGCAUCACCUUGCAGCUGCAGACAUUCGUGUGCCUCCCACCAUGGCCCUCACCCCACCUCAAGGAGAGUUUGAAAGCGACUGCAUGGAUGUAAAUGUCAGAGGACCAGAUGGUUUUACACCUCUGAUGCUGGCAUCCUUCUGCGGAGGCGGCUUGGAGCCUGAGAUAACCGAGGAGGAGGAGAGUGAGGAGUGUUCAGCCAAUAUCAUUUCUGACCUAAUCUACCAGGGUGCAUCCCUUGCUGCCCAAACAGACCGGACUGGUGAAACAGCCCUCCACUUGGCUGCACGUUACGCUCGUGCUGAUGCAGCAAAGAGACUGCUGGACGCUGGGGCAGACGCAAAUGCUCAGGACAACACAGGACGUACCCCACUACAUGCUGCAGUGGCUGCAGAUGCACAGGGCGUCUUCCAGAUUCUGAUCCGAAACCGGGCUACGGAUCUCGACUCCCGCAUGUACGAUGGCUCUAGUGCACUGAUCCUGGCUGCACGGCUGGCAGUAGAGGGCAUGGUAGAGGAACUCAUCACUUGUCAUGCUGAUGUCAAUGCUGUCGAUGAAUUGGGUAAAUCUGCUUUACACUGGGCUGCUGCGGUUAAUAAUGUGGAUGCCACUGUCGCCCUGCUGAAGAAUGGUGCAAACAAAGAUAUGCAAGAUCUCAAGGAGGAGACCCCUCUGUUCCUUGCAGCUCGUGAGGGCAGCUGUGAGGCAGUGAAAGUGCUUCUAGCUCACUUUGCAAACAGAGAGAUCACAGAUCAUAUGGACAGAUUGCCAAGGGACAUUGCUCAGGAGCGCAUGCACCAUGAUAUUGUUCAGCUUCUUGAUGAGUACAAUACAGUAAGAAGUCCCCAGAGCCAUGGAGGACACCACCUUGGUGGGGGACACACCCUGUCUCCUCUCAUGUGCCCUCCUAGUGCCUUCCUGCCGAGCCUGAAGAACACCCCACAGGGCAAGAAGAAUCGUCGGCCUGGAGCCAAGGGUUCUAGCCUGGGAGGCCAACAUGCCGCCAAUCUGAAGGAGUCGGUAAAGGCUCGCAAUAAGAAGCUGACCUUGGACAUGCAGAGUGCCUUACUAGAGAGCUCAGUGACCCUGUCCCCAGUUGAUUCACUGGACUCACCCCAUGGGGGAACUAGCAAUGCUGGCUACAUCACCAACCCCACUUCUCCUGUGGCCAUGCAGUCACCAGGGCUCUACCACUCAUCCAUGUCAGUUCCAAACACUCCAAUGGUACAUAGUAGCAUGUUGGAGGGAGGUGGCCCUUUUGCUGUGUCUCUAGCACAGCUCAAUGACCUGGGAGCUGGAGGAAUGUCCUUGCAGGGACGCAUCGCCAUGGCCUCUGAUGUCAAUCAUGGCUAUGUGCUGAGUUCAGGCCAGAUGGGGCUCAACAUGGGCAUGGUCAGUCCUGUCAGUGUGCCCUUUGACUGGCACAGCCGGAUGAACCCCUCGUCCCAGUGUGGUCAGCAGGUGGUGAAUCUUGUGCAGAGUAGCCAGGGAGGCAUGCACCCCCAGAGCCCAGCCAUGCAGCAGCAGAAUAUGCUGAUGCACCAACAGCAGAUAUUCCGUAAUGCAAUGCUGCAGCCCACGCCUGUUACCUCCACACCCACUAUCAGCCCAGUCAAGCUGCCCUCCAUUGCCGAGCAGCAGCAGCAGCAACAACAGCAGCAGCAGCAGCAGCAGCAGCAGCUCAUCAACCACACGAUCACCAACCAGCACCGCAUGGGCACCUCCACCCCACCAACACCUCAGACCUCCCAGCCUCCCCCAUCUUUCUUUCAACAGCAGCAGAUGCCUCAGCAAUCUUCUCAGCCCCAGCCUCCUGCUCAGCCCUCAAAGGCAGCCACGCCUGCAGCCCAGCCCACUCAGGCUCUGCCCCCCCAACCUAGUAGCAGCACUGCAGGAACGGAGGAUUACCCAACCCCUCCCUCUCAGCACAGCUAUUCCUCCACGCUCGAUGCCACGCCCAAGCAUUACCUCCGUUUGCCCAGUGAGCAUCCAUAUCUGACCCCCUCUCCAGAAUCUCCUGAGCCCUGGUCCAGCCCCUCUCCUCACUGUGUCUCCGAUUGGUCAGAUUCCACACCCAGUCCAGCAGUUGCUGGCCCUGCCCAGACCCAAAUUACUCAAAUCCCAGAGGCCAAUGGCAAGAUGCAGGUGUUUGCAUGAAGGUCCAGUUGCCUCUGAUUGAAAAGAAUUUGACGACUGGCUCUUGGGCCUGUCUUUGUUUUUAUGUGUCAGCCUGUUUCCAAGAUUUUCAUUGGAUUUGGAUUGACUGUGUAUCAUGAGGACCGUCUGCUAGUGAUUUUUGCAGAGAAAAAAAGUAAAGGGAAAUGUGUGUUGUCUGAAAAAAACAGCAGACAAUUUAAUGAAGUAAUUCUGUCACAGAUGGACUUGUUUUUUAUUAUAAAAAAAAAGUAUAUGAAGAAAACCAAGUCUUUCAUUUCAAAGACUUAGGGAUGCUCUCCUGAAAACUAACAAACAUUUAAAAAAA